CUGGACUGCUUGUGCAAGUGAAAAGAAUUUGUGACGAACUUACAGCAGUAUGGUCAGCCAGUCUUUCAUCACUCAAUCUCAAUGAUCCAUCCAUCCAUUUUCUGAGCCGCUUAUCCUCGUAAGGGUCACGGGAGUGCUAUCUCGGGCAGGAGGUGGGGUACACCCUGAUCUGGACGCCAGCCAAUCGCAGGGCACAUUCACACCUACGGGCAAUUUAGAGUCUUCAAUCAACCGACCAUGCAUGUUUUUGGGAUGUGGGAGGAAACCGGAGCGCCCGGAAAAAACCCACGCAGGCCACGGGUAGAACAUGCAAACUCCACACAGGCGGGGCCGGGGAUUGAACCCCAGUCCUCAGAACUGUGAGGCAGACACUUCCAUCUCAAAACAACAGGUGUCACUCUACAUAACUAUACAAGUGUGGAGCAUCCAGCCGCUGGCUACAGGAAGAUCUUUGAGACAGUGGAGGAGCUUAAUGAACCAAUUCCAGCCAAGAUCACUGGUCUUUUGCCAACAUGGCUGGGCGGCAGUCUUCUCAGGAUGGGACCAGGUCUUUUCGAGGUUGGGGACCAACAUUACCACCAUCUGUUUGAUGGACAAGCUCUCAUACACAAGUUUGACCUGAAGAACGGUCAGGUGACCUACUACAGGAAGUUUUUAAAAACAGAUGCCUACGUCCGUGCAAUGACAGAGAACAGAGUGGUCGUCACUGAGUUUGGCACAGCAAUGUACCCUGACCCCUGCAAAAACAUCUUCUCCAGAUUUUUCUCUUACUUUAGGGGCAUUGAGGUGACUGACAAUUGCGUCGUGAACAUCUAUCCAGUUGGGGAAGACUUCUAUGCCGUGACAGAGACCAAUUACAUCACCAAGGUUGAUCCUGAAUCACUGGACACUUUAAAGAAGGUGGACCUGUGUAAGUACCUGUCAGUCAAUGGGGUGACAGCUCACCCCCACUUUGAGGCAGAUGGUACCGUCUACAACAUUGGCAACUGCUUUGGCAAGAACAUGAGUCUUGCGUAUAACAUUGUCAGGAUCCCACCUGCUCAGAAAGAUAAGUCGGACCCCUUAGAGAAAUCCCAGGUAGUAGUUCAGCUCCCAAGCAGUGAGAGGUUAAAACCCUCCUACAUGCACAGUUUUGGUUUGACCGACAACUAUUUCGUGUUUGUGGAACAGCCAGUGAAAAUCAACCUGCUCAAGUUUCUGUCGGCUUGGAGUGUCAGAGGAGCCACAUACAUGGAUUGCUUUGAAUCCAACGAGAGCAUGGGGGUUCCAAGACUCAGUGUAGCGCAGUCGUCUGGCUUGAUUGAUUGGGUUCAGAUAGAGAGACAGAGGAGAGGAACAGACUUCAGAGAGAGAGAAAGAGAAAAGACAUGGUUUCACCUGGCCACUAAGGACCCAGCAACAUAUUUGAGCAGCCACAAGUUCCGAACAUCAGCUUUCAACAUCUUCCAUCAUAUUAACACUUAUGAAGACCAGGGAUUUAUUGUUGUUGACCUCUGCGUGUGGAAAGGUCAUGACUUUGUGUAUAACUACCUGUACCUGGCCAAUCUGAGAGGGGAGUGGGAGGAGGUUAAGAAAGCGGCCAUGAGAGCUCCUCAGCCUGAGGUCAGAAGAUACGUACUGCCACUGGAUAUACACAGCGAGGAGCAAGGAAAGAAUUUGGUUUCUCUGCCAUACACGACAGCAAGUGCUGCUCUUCAUGGUGAUGGGACCGUUUGGUUGGAACCCGAAGUCCUCUUUUCUAAACCAAGACAAGCCUUUGAGUUUCCACAGAUUAACUACUCUCGGUGUCGUGGCAAGAAGUAUUCCUUCACUUAUGGUCUUGGACUCAACCAUUUCAUCCCUGACAAGAUUGUCAAGUUGAACGUGCAGACCAAAGAGACCUGGGUGUGGCAGGAGGAUGAAUGUUACCCAUCAGAACCACUAUUUGUACCAGCACCGGGAGCUACACAUGAGGAUGAUGGUGUGCUGCUCAGUAUUGUUGUGAAGCCAGGAGCAGAGAGGCCAGGCUUCUUGUUGGUGCUGGAUGCCGCCAAACUGACAGAGAUGGCCAGGGCAGAGGUUGACAACAUCUUUCCAGUGACUUUUCAUGGCUUCUACAAGCCAUGAUCCCCACGUCCAUCGCAGAUAUCCAAAGUGCGAGGUCUCGUAGCUGCAACAGUCUGCACUUCUUUCUUCAGUUUGUGAUGCGUCCAGGUCUUAACUACCGGUGUAACUCAUCUGUUGAUGUAUUAUACAACAUUUGAAAAUAAUUAAUAAUGAAGCAGCAUGUUCUUGUUGUUAAUGCUACAGGUGGAGCUACUUUGAACCACUUUGUACUGUAUAGUUUUAUAUUGAGGAACAUCACAACAUUGAUGAAUUUUAAAAUAUAUCUCUGUCUUGGUAUAUUGCAACAUUGUAUAACUUGUUGAAAUAAAAAUCUGAGAAGUUUA